AAUGUUCCUCCGAAAACAAAUGCUGCUGGAACCCAAGGAGUAGAUGAUUCUAAGAAGGCCGCAGAGUCUGCUCCCGACGCUGUCGAGGCUCGCAAGUCUAUUCCGAUUAUUGAUUUGAUGUUUGGUGACAUAAGCGAUGAUGAUCUCAACAACUCCAUAGAUAUCGGUUCUUUAUACGGAGGAGUGUGCAUCGCCUCGCAAGAGAAAGUCCAGAAGUCACGCCAGUACUGGUCCACCACUGAGGAGGUCACUUCUGACUUGGUUGCUCGUGUACAAGAGUGGGAAGAAACCAUGAUGCCCAUACUUGAAGAAGAAGAGACAAGAAAAGAAUUCGAUAUUCACGAAUAUGGCGAUCAUUUAUUAAGCAUGUUCAAGGAGGUUGGCGAGACGAAGACGCUAGACGAGCUGUUGGUCGGUCGGAAAAAAUACGAAGUUAGCCGAUAUUUUCUUGCCUGUCUUAUGAUGGCGAAUACGUACAAUGUCCGCGUCGAGUAUGAAAUGGGCAAGGACGAGAAUGGAGAGGAAAAAUCAAUAAUGAAAGUUACCUUGUUAAAGAAGGACAGGCAUCAUGAAGUUUUUGAUAGAGCAGGAGCGUUGUGA